AUGGCGGUCUCGUUUAACACAACCCUUCAUCAGCCUUCUCUGAGUCCCAGCUGUAGCAUCAAGCUUUAUUCAGGAUUGAAGCCUCAAUCCGCAAGCUUUUUGACAAGAGGGUAUCAGAAUUUGAAUAAGGAGUUCUAUGGAAGAGUUCACAAGAGUCUACUCUCCGGGACUGGCAAAGCGAGUAGGUCAAGGGUAAAGAUGAUGCCGAUAGGAACACCGAGAGUGCCUUACAGGAACAGAGAAGAAGGCACUUGGCAAUGGGUUGAUAUAUGGAACGCCCUUUAUCGAGAGCGUGUGAUCUUCAUUGGACAAAACAUCGAUGAAGAGUUUAGCAACCAGAUAUUAGCAACAAUGUUGUAUCUCGAUACUCUUGAUGACUCCAGGAGGAUUUACAUGUACCUCAAUGGACCAGGCGGAGAUCUUACUCCGAGUCUAGCGAUCUACGAUACAAUGAAGAGCUUGAAAAGUCCAGUUGGUACACAUUGCGUUGGGAUGGCCUAUAACCUUGCAGGUUUUCUUCUUGCUGCCGGAGAAAAGGGUCAACGUUUUGCUAUGCCAUUGUCAAGAAUCGCACUCCAGUCACCAGCCGGUGCAGCUCGUGGUCAGGCUGAUGAUAUCCAAAACGAAGCGAAAGAGCUGUCGAGGAUAAGAGAUUACCUCUUCAACGAGCUAGCCAAGAAUACAGGGCAGCCUGCAGAAAGGAUCUUCAAAGACUUGAGCAGAAUGAGAAGGUUCAACGCAGAAGAAGCGAUCGAGUAUGGACUUAUUGAUAAGAUCGUUAGACCACCGCGCAUCAAAGAGGACGCUCCUCGCCAAGAGGAAAACGCAGGACUCGCUGACCGUGAGAUAUCCGUCGGUCAGGCUUUAUGCAUACCGGACUGCGCGGACUCGUACCACUUCUUAAACGUGACGGUGACACAGCAGCACUACCAACACUCGAGUAAACCAAUCAAGAGAUUGAUUCAGCCCCGUAUCCUGAGCUCAGGUACUCUUACAGCUGAUUUCCUCUCUUGUAUCUCCUAUGGCUGCGAGAGAGACUUUUCUGGUCUCAGCAGCAGCGAUAGAAAUCUCUCUUACAGAGAAAGAUUGAGGAGUGGGCUUGAGAAUAUCAAGCGGAUGAUGCUGUUGAGCUCUUCCAAUCCAUGCUUCGGUCUCGUCCCCUCCUCUGUCAUAUUUCAGCAGAUUGUUUAG